AGCCGGAGCCGGUCCGAGCGACGCCGCGACGACGAAGAACGUGAGCGCGAACGCUACCGCGAUCGAGACUACCGUGAUCGCGAUGUCAGAUUCAAUUUGCUAGAGCCAUCUCCUGUGGUCUUGAUGUUGAGCCUGACCUAGGAUAUCAGAAAUGCUGGUGAGCUGUGUUUUGGGCUUCUUCACUGAAGCACUGUAUCUUAUUGUUAAGGCGACCCAAUGUUCAGCCUGCUGCACAAACAACCCUUCUCACUGCUUUCCAGGAGAUGUUAACUGAGUUGUCAUAGUUAGGGUGUGUGCAAAACCUUGAUAGAUCGUGUUUCAGAACCCACUCACUGUUCUAAAUUGCAUGCAGGUGGGAGCAGCUGCAUGCAUGCACAUGCAUAAGUACAACUCUCAUCCAAGGCUGGGUCAAACGGUUUGGUAAAACCGUUUUUGAUUACCCCUAAUCAUAGUGAUGCUGAUGCAUGUCUAUGCCUUACGACAAAGGGCUUUUGGCCUACAUUUUUGCUUAUCUUCACCACAUUUUUGCCUCUUCAUUUCUUUCUUUUCCUGCACUGUUGUAUCAGUCGGUCAUGCUAAAAGUUGUCUGCCUUUUUUACUCAUCUACCUGUAGGUUUUUUCUGUUUUCCACAUCUUGACCUAACAUAGUUUUACUUUCUGGGGCACAUAUCCUAAUAAAAAUGUCUAAGUUGAUUAGUUGGUUAUGAUUUAUAAGGAUGGCCUAACUACGAUCUCUGGACGCCUACAUUAGGUAGGGAGAGAGGAUCGAGUGGUGAGAUAAUUUCAAUUAGUAAGGACACUAACAUGCACAGAAUGAUUGAUAUAAAGAAAUUGAGACGUAGGAAAGAAGAGGCUGCAGAACCUGAAGCAGAUCCAGAAAGAGAUCAAAGGACUGUGUUUGCCUACCAGUUAUCUCUGAAGGCUGAUGAAAGAGACGUGUACGAAUUCUUUUCAAGGGCUGGGAAGGUCCGGGAUGUCCGCCUCAUCAUGGACCGAAACUCGCGCCGUUCUAAAGGAGUUGGGUACAUCGAAUUCUAUGAUGUUAUGUCCGUACCAAUGGCGAUUGCUCUUUCUGGCCAGCUGCUUCUUGGUCAACAGGUGAUGGUUAAACCAUCAGAGGCUGAAAAGAAUUUAGUUCAGUCAAAUGCUUCUUCGAGUGGAGCAGCUUCAGGCGGGGCAAGGAAGUUGUAUGUUGGAAAUCUUCACUCAAAUAUUACUGAAGAUCAAUUAAGACAGGUCUUCGAACCAUUUGGUCAAGUGGAACUUGUGCAAUUGCCUCUAGAUCCACUUACUGGGUUAUGUAAAGGUUUUGGUUUUGUUCAGUUUGCACGCCUUGAAGAUGCAAAGGCCGCUCAGAGUCUAAACGGGCAACUUGAUAUAGCUGGUCGAGUAAUUAAGGUUUCAGCUGUGACGGACCAAGCAGGAGUACAAGUCAGUGGGGUAACUACUGGAGAUUUGGAUGAUGAUGAAGGUGGAGGUUUGGCACUGAACGCUAGCUCAAGAGCUCUUUUGAUGCAGAAAUUAGACCGUAGCGGAGCUACAACCAGUUUGACUACUGGGAUAGGCGGUACUGGUUUGAACACUCCUGUUGGAUUACCACCUGUAUCAGUUCUUGGUGCUCCUCCAGCUGCUGCACCUGCGCUGCAACCUACAGUGCCUGGUCUUGGUUCAGUUUCUAGUCUGUCUCUUCCAAUUGCUACCCAAUCCAUUGAGACGGCCCCACCCAGUGAAUGCUUAUUGCUUAAAAAUAUGUUUGACCCAGCCGUGGAGACGGACCCUGAUUUUGAUUUGGAUAUUAAAGAGGAUGUCCAAGAAGAAUGUUCCAAGUUUGGCCAAGUAAAACACAUUUUUGUGGACAAAAAUACUGCUGGUUUUGUGUACCUGCGAUUUGACAGUAUAACAGCUGCCAUGAGUGCACAGAAAGCAUUACAUGGGAGGUGGUUUGCAGGAAAGAUGAUUACUGCAACAUUUAUGACGCCUCAGCAGUACUCAAUGAAGUUCCCAAGCUAGUGGACAAGCUACCACUGUGGGUUGAUAGCUGGAGAUUGUUGCUUCAUUUAUGUGUACUUUUAACUCUUCCAAAUAUCUCAGCAUGUGAGCAUAGCUUUGUACUUUGUAGCAUGGGUUUUUUAACAAUCGGACAUUGAAUGUUCGCAUUUUUCAUAACUUGUCUUGCGGAUGCGCUAUCGUUAAGCACUCAAAAGUGUAUGGCGAGAUGGAUUUAGUUCUGAUAUAUUUAUUUUAUUUCU